AUGGCGGCGUCCAGUGUGUUCAAACCAGGCUUGUUUAACCACAAAGUUGCAAUAGUCACGGGUGGAGGCACCGGGAUCGGUAAAGCCAUCUCUGCAGAGCUGCUGGAGUUAGGCUGCAAUGUGGUGAUCUCCAGCAGAAAGGCAGAGAGGUUGGAGGCAGCAGCGGUGGAGUUGAGAAAAAAGAUCCCCCCCUCUAGCCCUGCCACCGUUACAUCUCUACCAUGUAACAUCCGCAGUGAGGACGAGGUGAAGACUCUUGUGUCGUCAGUGCUGAAGAAAUACGGCCGUAUAGACUUUUUAGUGAAUAAUGGAGGCGGUCAGUUCACCAGCCCCGUGGACCACAUGUCGUCUAAAGGCUGGAAGGCUGUAGUGGACACCAACCUGACAGGGACAUUUCACUGCUGCAAGGAGGUCUACAGCGCAUGGAUGAAACAACACGGAGGUGCCAUCGUCAACAUCAUCGCUGACAUGUGGAAAGGUUUCCCAGGCAUGGCCCACACAGGAGCAGCGAGGGCAGGAGUGGAUAACUUAACGAAGAGUCUGGCCAUCGAGUGGGCGUCGUCAGGAAUCCGAGUGAAUGCUAUUGCUCCUGGCACAAUUUUUUCCAAAACUGCAAUGGAAAACUAUAAAGAGUAUGGACCCAUUCUGUUCAAGAUGUCGGUUCCUUUUAGUCCUGCAAAGAGACUCGGAGUCCCAGAAGAGAUCUCCUCUGCUGUGUGUUUCCUGUUGUCUCCUGGUGCCUCCUACAUCUCUGGAGCCACACUGAGGGUUGAUGCUGGGCAGAGUUUGUACCACUCCACCUUUGAGAUACCCGACCACAGCGCAUGGCCUGAGGCUCCAGAGGGUGAGAACCUGGACUCACUGAAGGAACUGCUUGACCCAAAAAGCAAACUCUAAUGCAGACAAGUGGCAUAGUCUGAAACUGUUAAGUAAUGGCAAUCUAACCAUUACUCAGAUCAGCACUAAUUAUAGACAGACACAACUGCAUUCAUAAAAACAAGAUGCACAUUCCCCAUUUUUAUGAUACCUUCUACGAAUAAUGUGCAGAAAUGUAUAUACAGUAAUAAACAGAAAUGUAUGAUUAUUUUCCAACUCUAAUUAUUUGCAACAAACUGUUGAAUUGAAUGUAUAUUUUUUGUUUAUUUUACAUUUGCUAAGAUAAUUUUUCUGCAUGAUUGUAAAAAAAAGUGUUCAAAUGUAGUCAUAGCUGUAUUAUAUGUGCUGUUUCAGGGUCAUUGAUUUCAUACGAGAAUUUUAUCAUGAUUACUUUUCUGUUCCUUGUACCUGGUUCCUGCAGCAGCAACAGAGUAUGUCUCUUUUGUCAACCAUCUGGCCUGGCCUGACUGUGAUUCUUUGUUAUGUUGAAACACUACUAUCUUUAAGAAAUGCAAUAUAAAAGAGUAGAAUUCAAUUGAAUCGUUGUAAUCCACAGGUUUGUGCCAAAAUGUACAGAUUCACUGAAGCCUUGACAAGUGAUGCCUUGUAGAAACUUUAAUGAACUGUGAUAAAAUGUUUUGUUUGACAUCUAGAUAUAAAACAAAACUGACUUGUUUUUUUUGUUUUUUUUGGGGGGGGGGUGUAGAAAAUAUGUCGUUGUAUUGAAAAUAUAAAGUUGAUUAGAAAACUAAAAUUGUCUUGCAUUAAAAUGAUAAAGCUUUGUUUAACAAAAAUCUGUGAAGGUAAUGUAAGCCAAUGUUUUAAUUUGGGUAUUUUCAAGCAAUUCUGAAGCCAUGUAUUAAUAAUCAAAUUUUAUUUAUAUAGCGCCAAAUCAUAACAAAAGUUAUCUCAUGAUGCUUUACAUAUAGAGCUGGUCGAAACCAGACUGUUAUAACGUAGGGAUUUAUCAAUACAGUGAUUUACAGUGUGGUCUUCUGAAAGGUUUAAAUUUACAAUCAUAAAUCUGUGGUACCUGUUUAGUACUGAAUUAAAGAUUCUGUAUUUUAGCUUA